AUGCAAGGCUUCCACAUUGAGAUCCUGGUGAAGAGCAACAGAUUCCGUGGCCGGCGUGGCAACUACCCCGUCAAGCUAUUCUACACUAGCAACAUGCCCAUCAUGCUCCAGAGCGCACUUUCAUCAAACGUGUUCAUUCCUCGAGAAGACUCUCCUCAGCUCCGCGCCGCAGCAGGUCUCGCAUACUACAUGUCACCUCCCCACACCCUCAAAGAAGUUUUCCUCGGCCCCAUCCACACGUUCCUAUAUAUCACGUUCAUUGUUUCGGCAUGUGCACUCUUUUCCAAGACCUGGAUCGAGGUGUCAGGCAGUGGCCCACGUGAAAUUGCGAAACUGCUCAAGGAGCAACAGAUGGUCAUGCUUGGUCACCGUGAGGGUUCCAUGUACAAGGAACUAAAACGUGUCAUCCCUACCGCUGCUGCGCUCAGAGGCGCCAUUCAGGGCUUGCUUUCUGUCGCAGCUGAUCUCAUGGGCGCUAUCGGAAGUGGGACGGGUAUUCUGAUGGCUGUUACGAUCAUCUACAGCUACUGGGAGAUCGGUAUCAAGGAGUCUGGAGGACCUGAAGUGGCAGCGCUGAGUGAUUUCAUGUAAUAAUGUUUGAUAGC